CUCGUUCUUCCAUGGGAGUGCCCUAGUGUUGUACCUCAACGCCAUGCCUUCGCUUCGCCAGCCAGUUUGCCCGCCAACGCGUCCCAGAGACGCCGCGUCGCGAGUACCAUAGACAUUAUAGACAACCCGGAUACGUUUCCCGAUUCCCGCUUUUAAGAUGAGGUGGUGUCUCCUGCUACUGGCGCUAGCCUCGGCCCGCGGGCAGGACACGUGUCAAUCCAGCCCCGAACCCCAGUACCUGCUCUUCGGCACCAAGACCGCCUACAACUACGUCAACAGGAACCUGCCCAAUCUCAACCCGCAGAACAUACCGGGAUGCCAAGCGAAAGCUAUCUGGCUACUGAACCGGCACGGAGCUACCAACCCAGAGGCGGAUGAACUGCCCCAGCUGCAGCACUUGACUGCCUUCCGGGACAAUGUCGUGAAGAACUACAACAAUGGUUACGACAAGGAGCCCAGGAUGUGUCUCGGCGACCAAUCGCUGCUCGCUCGCUGGGGGUGGAUCCCGCGGCAAAACUUGACGUUUGCCGGGGACUUGACUACUAACGGCUACAUGGGGACUCAGGAGCUGGCUCAGAGCUGGGUCUCCCGCUAUCCUAGCCUUCUGACUGACAACAAGCACGAUUACUUGUUCAAGUUCGCGAAGGACAAGCGGUCCUUAGAAUCCUUCCACGCCUUCACUGCGGGCCUGUUCCGGUCUCGUCCGGAAGACCUUGAAUUGCCGCAAGUAAACGACGAAACACUGGUCAUGCCGGACAAGUUCUGCCCAACCUGGAGCAGAGAUAUCGGAGAUAGCAACGAGACCCUCAGACAGCGGGACAUCUUCGAAUCCAAGCAUGAGUGGGAGGACAUGGUGGCCAACAUAUCCUCGCGCCUCGGUUUCACGUACAACAUCGACCGCAGCAUCAUCAAGGACAUCUACCAGAUGUGCCGCUACAACAAGGCGUGGGAUAUCACGCAGAUAUCACCCUGGUGCUCGGCAUUCUCCCGCGAAGACCUCCGACGUUUCGAGUACUCUGAAGACCUGGAGACGUUCUACAAGUAUGGCUACGGUUCGGAGACAAGCCCCAAGCUGGCCUGCCCGCUCAUCAAGGAUAUGAUGGACUUCUUCCAUAAGCAUGUUGACGCCAAUGUCCCCCAACAGCCUGUCUCACAAAUCUUGUUCGGUGAAGCCCCAGCGUUGCUGCUCCUGACAGGUGCCUUAGGCGGCCGUCGCGACGACGCACCUCUCACUGGAGACAACUUCCAUACUGUCCCGACGCAGAACCGGAAAUGGAGUUCUUCUGUUGCUUCACCUUUUAAUGGGAAUUUGGCCGCAGUUCUGUACAAAUGCAACCCCAACGGCAACUUCGGCUACAAGGACCGUCACCAGAUCCUCUUCCUCCAAAACGAGCAAACCAUGGACCUGCCCUUCUGCAAGGUGGGCCUCUGCGAGUGGCCCGACGUCAAGGUCAGACUCGGGGAAAUCGCGGAUAAGUGUAAUCUUGACUUCUGCAAUGGAGCUGCGUCGAUAAGCGGCGUUGUGGGGUUAAGUCUUGGUUUGGUUGCGUUCUUUGUAAGAUAUCUGUUUUAGGUAACUCAAGUCAAAAAGCCAAGUACGAAAAUCGAAAAUCGAUUUUUCGCCUAUCCAUGGCUCUUGAAUCUUGUCUAUUCAAAUCAAAGGAAAAAAAUCGACUGUCGUUUUUUCCGGUAGAGUCCUAGGUAAUGAUCGAACUGAGCGGUACGUGAGCAUACGAUGUAAGUUAUAUUAUGAAAACACCGGUAGCGAAGCGUGAAUAAAGUUUUAAAAGAAUCCGAGACGCUUUAGCUACUGGUUAUUGACCAUGGAUGAUUUUGUUACCGAUAGCUAAUAAUUUCUACAUUUGACAGUUGCGCUACUUGCGCUUCCGCAAACAUUUCGAAGGUGGAUCGAGCAAUAGCUGUCGGUGCACACAUUUAAGUACAAGUACACCAAAUACGCAUUUAAAAAUUUAGUUAAAUUCUUCUACCACGAACAAUUGUAAUGACGUCUACGUUUUGCUGAGGAGUUUUCUGAAGAGAUGUGCGUCGCAUUGCAGCACCUUUAAGUCUCACCUAUUAAUUCACAUAUCUGAGUCUGUAAUAUUUCUUUCCCUCUUUCUCUUUAAUAAUUUAUACCUACGUUAGGUAUAGUCCAAAUCAAAUACGUAGGCCCGAUAGCCCUUGGCUUACCUACUCUUGGCCACAGCCUACCCUAAGGCAAAGAUGCGGCCUAUGAUGAAUUUGGCCAUUUUGAUUAGGGCAAACAUUACUACAUUAGCCCUUUUGUUAAGUUUCAAGUACCAUUAGGCCUUUGUAUUUGAUAUGGAGUAUACCUAACUACAGUAACUACAUUAUAAGUUAUAAU